UCUCGCUGGCUUGGCGCGAGACUUGUCCGACAGACAAGCAGGUUAAAACCGACUUUACUGGAAAGGCUCCUAACUUUAUACGCCACAGGCUGCUGAACACGACACCUGCAGAGUAGCUUCAUUUGAGCGAUUCGACUGAACCUUCACCUGCAGGCUGUCUGAUGGUGUGUGGACUCACUCAGAAUGAAUUGCGAGCUUUUGGCAACGUGCAGUGCUCUUGGCUAUCUGGAGGGAGAGACCUAUCACAAGGAAGCUGAUUGCUUAGAGAGUGUGAAAGACUUAAUCAGGUAUUUACGCCAUGAGGAUGACACCCGUGAUGUCCGCCAGCAGCUGGGUGCAGGUCAGAUUGUACAGAAUGACCUUCUCCCUAUUAUCAUUCAACAUGGACAAGACAAGGCCUUAUUUGAUGCCUGCAUCAGGCUCAUGGUCAACCUCACUCAGCCUGCCAUGCUUUGCUUUGGUAAAGUCCCUGAUGACCCGGUGUUCAGACAUCACUUCUUGCAAGUGACAUCCCAUUUACAAGCUUAUAAAGAGGCAUUUGCCAGUGAGAGAGUGUUUGGCAUUUUAAGUGAGAUAUUAUACAACCUUCUACAACUGGACUGGGAGCAGAGACAGGAGGAGGAUAACCUGCUGAUAGAGAGGAUCCUGCUUCUGGUCAGGAAUGUGCUUCAUGUACCCGCAGACCCCUGUGAAGAGAAGAAAGUGGACGAUGAUGCCAGCAUCCAUGAUCGGCUGCUGUGGGCCAUUCACAUGAGCGGUUUCGAUGACCUGGUCAAGUUUCUGGCGUCGGCCCAGAGUGAGCAGCAGUGGAGUAUGCAUGUGUUGGAAAUAAUCUCCCUCAUGUUCAGAGACCAGACACCAGAAACUUUGGUCAGCGCCGGUCACGCUCGUUCAGCAGAAGAGAAGCAGAGGGAUUCUCAGGAGCUGGAGGCGCUGAGGCAGAAGGAGCAUGCAGAGAAACGUUCCCGCACAUUACAACGAGGAACUAGACACUCUCGCUUCGGCGGGUCUUAUGUUGUUCAAGGCCUUAAGUCGAUUGGGGACAAAGAUGUGAUCUAUCACAGAAAUGUUCAUAAUUUCAAAAAUUAUACUCAUGACAUAGGCAAAGCAGUGAGACGUGUUCCUAAGAGGAAUCGACAGGCUCAGGAAUGUAAGGACAAACGCCGUUCAGCCUUAAAUGUUCGACUCUUCCUGCGAGAGUUUUGUGUGGACUUCCUGGAGAACUGCUACAAUCGCCUCAUGUACCUUGUCAAGGAAAGUCUAAUUCGAGAGCAAACUCAGCAACAUGACGAGACGUACUACCUCUGGGCGCUCAGCUUUUUCAUGGCCUUCAACCGUGGCAACGGUUUCCGUGCUGACUUGGUUUCUGAGACCAUGUCCAUCCGGGCUUUCCAUUUUAUUGAGCGCAAGAUCACCGACUACUAUGAGAUGAUGCUCACGGACCGCAAAGAGGCCACGUCCUGGUCGCGCAGGAUGCACCUAGCACUAAAGGCCUAUCAGGAACUGCUGCUGACUAUAAACGAGAUGGACCGCUCACAGGAUGACAGCAUCCUUCAAAGUUCCAAUGUUAUUAAAAGUAACAUAUUUUACCUGAUGGAAUACAGAGAGAUUUUCCUGACCUUGCUGAGGAAGUAUGAUGAAACCAGACAGCCCCACUCUUACCUCAAAGACCUGGUGGAGUCAACCCAUCUCUUCUUGCGCAUGUUGGAACGCUUCUGCAAGGGUCGCAGAAGCUUAAUGGUUCAGAAGAAGAAGGUGAGGCGGAAAAAGUCUCGAGGUGGAAAAAAGCCGUCAGCCGCAGAAACAAGCCCAGAAGCCCUGACGGAGAUCUGGAAGGUAGUAGAGGAAGAACUAAAGGCGACAGGGUUUCAGUUGUCAGAGUCUUUAACUGAAAGCAUUGUGCCUUUUGAUGCCACUUCUGAAACUCCACUUGAGGAGCAGCGGACUGAGGCCAUGGUGCGGGUUCAGGAUGCCCUGCUGGUCCGACUGGGACCAGAAGCACUGGCGCUGCUGCGUGCUGCCAGGGAGGUGUGGCCAGAGGGAGAUGUGUUUGGUUCAGCUGAUGUGGAACCUGAAGAGGAACUGGAACUCCUUAAGCAGAUCCUGCAUGCCAACCUGCCAAGGUCAUCUGCUCCUGAGCCUGUGGUAGAGGAGGAGGAUUUUGCAGCUGAGUUAGAAGAGGAAGAGUUUGAGUCCGUCCAGAUUUCUGAAAAAGAGUUCAACUUUCUAGACUUCAUCAAGAGGUUUGCCAACCCCGGUAUUGUGCGUCCAUACCUCCUCUUAUUAAAAUCGUAUUCGAAAAACACACCUCACACAAAUCACUGCAUCGCUCGAAUGCUGCACCGCUUAGCUGUCGACCUCAAAAUGGAUGCCCUGCUUUUCCAGCUAUCAAUGUUCAACCUUUUCAACAAGAUCCUGAGUGACCCCGCCGCAGCCGCUUACAAGGAACUGGUGACCUUUGCCAAGUAUGUGCUGAACCGUUUCUUUUCACUGGCAGCAGAAAACAGCAAGGCAUAUGUUGAACUGCUGUUCUGGAAAAACGUAGGGUCUGUACGUGAGAUGACUGAAGGCUACAGCAAAGACGGAGGGGGAAAGAAACCAACAUGGACUGAAGAGGAGGAAGAAGAGCUGCGCAAGCUGUACGAGGAGCACCGUCAUUCUGAAGAACCAGACAUAGUGGAGGCUCUGUUGCCACUACUCAGCAACAACACUCGCACUCGACGCCAGGUAGUGACGCAGCUGGUGCAUAUGGGUCUGGUGGACAAUGCUAAGGAACUGAAGAAACAGAAGAAAGGUACCCAGAUUGUUCUUUGGACUGAGGAGCAGGAGGGGGAGCUGGAGAUGCUCUAUGAGGAGUACAAAGACUCUGACGAUGUGCUGGGUAAUAUCCUGAAAAAGCUCACAGCCAAGCGCUCCCGUGCACGUGUGGUGGACAAGCUGCUCAGUAUGGGCUUGGUGUCCGAGAGACGAGAACUUUAUAAGAAGAGGAGUCGCAGUGCUCAAGGGAAGAGCUCUGGAAAAGGAAUGACUGAAGAAGAGUUCCUGGAAGGACUAACACAAGAUUUCCCUGAUGAUCCUGUGGACAGAGACGAUGAAGAUGAUGAUGGGUCUGAAGAGAGUGAGGAAGAAGAAGAGCAAGAAAGAGGACUAUCACAAAAUGGAGGAAGGAGGAGCCAAAGCCUGCACUUCCCAGCAGAGAGGAGAGAGGAUGUAGUCUCCAUGGUGUAUGCUGUACAACAGGAAGGCAUGUCUGGACCCCUGUUGUGGCUUCAGAAGUGCCUGAACAGAACAGCAGAGGACCGUGAAGAAGAUGGUUUGUCCCAGCCUGUGCCACUUGUUCCUCUGUCAGAGGCAGAUGAAGACGCCAUGGAGAACAAGAGCUUCCGCAAGCUGUUGCGCAAACUGGGAAUAAGACCACCUGCAAAUGAACAGGAGAGAUUUUGGAGGAUCCCAGCGAAGAUCACUACAUCCCAGCUCCGGAGUGCAGCUGCAGCUCUUAGUCCAACAGAGGAAGCUGCAGCUCUUAGUCCAACAGAGGAAGAACCUAAAGGAGGCGAGGAACAAGACGGCUCCAAGAGUCCAACUGGAGAAUCCCAGGAAGAGGAGGAAAUCUCAGGUGAACAGAGAGCUCAGGCUCUGAGAGCUCUGCUGCUCACACGCAAGAGGAAACACCACACCUCGAAGCAUACCGUGCCCGUGUCAAAUUUCACCCCUAAUGAGGAUACAGACAGAACAACUGAGAGGUCCCAAGAGAAGACCUCAACUAAAAGAAGCAGAAGAAGUGUGCUGGACGAUGAUGACCAUGAGGAGAAUGAGGACGACUCCACCACUGCAUUGCAUAUGGACACCAAUGGUGAUGCAGAUUCAGACACGGAGGACAUCUCUGCUCCUGUGAAGCGUAGACGGAAGAUGGUCUUAAUUGAUGAAGAGGAAGAUGAGGAUUAGAGACUCUCUUUAAUGGACUGUAAAAACUGCAGACAGGGGAGACAUUAAAAUCCCUUACUUUGCUCAGAGGUGGAUGCAGAGGGCCCUCUUGGGGGCUGCAGUGCAAACAGGGGAAACUCUAUUAAUGGAAUACCAAACAACCCAAAGAAAUAGACCCUUAGACCUGCCCCUCUGGAUCCAGGGAUCCUGUUAAGCAAUUAAAUUUAGUCAUUGGUGCCUUUAUGUUGUUAUGAUAUAUAAGUUCUGUCAGCCUUCUAUUUUGUUAGUCAUUCUUUUUCUCCCCAGCAUUCGCAGCACGGACGUCAUACAGAUUUUGCUGUCCUAGAAAGUUACAUGACUUUGUUUAUAACUCAAUAAUUUCAUCUUUGAUCUGAAAUCUUUACGUUUUUAUAUCUCAUUGUUUUGAUAAAAUUGCAUCCAUACAAAUA